GGAGCCCCGGGGCCCGGCGGACUGUGGCUGCGGCCCGGGAGGCCGCGGCUCCUCCUCCCCUUCCCGCGGAGGCGGACGUUGAGUCAAUAGCGCGGGCGGCCGCAGGCGGCGGCGCGGCGGCUCGGAGGCGCCCGGCCCUCUCGGGGCCGCGCGGGGCUCGGGUCGGGGCGACGGCGGCGGCGCGGCGGGGGGAGGCGGAGGCGGUGGAGGAGGAGGCGGAGGCGGUGGAGGAGGAGGUGGAGGCGGAGGCGGAGGAGGGCGGCGUCCAUGAAGCCGGCCCGCGCCUGCAGGAGGAGGCCAUGAACGGCGACGGGACCGAGAGCGACUGGCAGGGGCUGGUGAGCGAGUACCUGGUGUGUAAAAGAAAGCUGGAGAGUAAAAAGGAAGCCCUGCUGAUCCUCUCCAAGGAGCUAGACACAUGCCAGCAAGAAAGGGACCAGUACAAACUCAUGGCCAAUCAGCUUCGGGAGCGCCAUCAGUCCCUGAAGAAGAAGUACCGGGAGCUGAUUGAUGGAGAUCCGUCACUUCCCCCUGAAAAGAGGAAACAGGCUAAUCUUGCACAACUACUGCGAGAUUCUCAGGACCGAAAUAAACAUCUGGGAGAAGAAAUUAAAGAACUUCAGCAAAGGCUUGCAGAAGUUCAGGGCGACAAUAAGCUCUUGAGGAUGACAAUUGCCAAACAGAGGCUCGGAGACGAAGAAAUUGGCGUGCGGCAUUUUGCAGCCCAUGAGCGUGAAGACUUGGUUCAGCAGCUGGAGAGAGCUAAGGAACAGAUAGAGUCUCUGGAGCAUGACCUGCAGGCCUCGGUGGACGAGCUUCAGGACGUUAAAGAAGAACGGUCUUCCUACCAGGACAAAGUGGAGAGGCUCAACCAGGAGCUAAACCACAUCCUGGGUGGGCACGAGAACCGCAUCAUUGACGUGGAUGCCCUCUGUAUGGAGAACAGGUACCUUCAAGAGCGAUUAAAGCAACUCCACGAAGAGGUCAACCUCUUGAAAUCAAACAUCGCCAAGUAUAAGAACGCUCUCGAAAGACGGAAAAACUCCAAAGGCCAGAGUAAAUCUAGCAGCAGUGCGCUGACUGGAGUCCUAUCUGCAAAGCAAGUUCAGGAUCUGUUAUCCGAAGAUCACGGGUGCAGUCUUCCAGCCACUCCACAGUCCAUUUCUGAUCUGAAAUCUCUGGCCACAGCCCUGCUAGAGACAAUCCAUGAGAAAAAUAUGGUCAUCCAGCACCAGAGGCAGACCAACAAAAUCCUAGGGAAUCGGGUGGCUGAACUGGAGAAAAAAUUAAGAACUCUGGAAGUUUCUGGUUUGUGGAGUCUUCCAGGCCUGAGCUACAAUGUUUCAGUAGGAUUCGGGAGGGGCAAGGACACCAUACUAUUCAGUGACCCUGCUCUCCCCACCAUACAGAGAUCAAGAUCCCCACUGCUGAAGUUCAUCGAGCAGCCCACUGAGAACAAAGCAAAUUCCGAGGACGGGGAGGCCCAGAGGCCAGAACGAGAUGAAAGCCGGGCCGCUACUGAGGCAUGGAUCGCACCGGAGGAUGCUGGAAGGCCGGCCGGCCGCUCCCCAGCUACUCAGAGCCAUGGGAACCAGUGCAACCCCUUUCAUCCUUCAUCACCCCGGGGAGCAUCUGAGGAAGAAGGCAUAAACAGGCUUGGAGGGGAAAGAAUGAAACUGACAGAAGCAGAACCGGAAGGGGUCAGAAGAGCAAGUCUCGGGGAGACUCAGAGGCACGAGCCAGGGACAGCCCCACCGGGCCUGGCCUCCAAGGGGGAAGUCCCCACAUCUUGCCAGGGCUCCUUUGAGUCCAGCCAGGCCGCAGCCGAAGCCUCCAGCCCGGAGGACAGCAAAGAGACCCCAGAGGGUGGCGGCAUGAGGAGCGCAGUGAAAACCUGAAGAGGAAAGAGACCCGUGUGGUGACACGUCUACAGUGCAGGGGGCGGUAAAGAAUUAAGCGUCCGAGCAGCUCUCAGAAGCUGCUUUCUCCUCACACACUUCCAAGUCUGCAAGUGAGAAGAGACACAGGUCCUUUGGCACACUGUGAAUAUCCUGAUGAUGCCAGCCCAGUUUGAUUUAUUAAAUGCGCGUCCUCAA